AUGGCGUCCCUGCGCCCAAUUCGACGACUUCCUACCCCCUUGAUUGAUAGCAUCACUUACAGGUCGCGUCCAGCGACACAUUGCUUUUCGCAAUCAUGUCGUAAUAGAGGUACAGUCGGGCUAGAUGCCCUGGACGCGAGUAAAGGCGAUCGCGAACGCAUCGUCAUCCUGGGCUCCGGCUGGGCUGGCUACGUCCUCUCCCAACGUCUCUCCGCCAAAUACCAGACCCUCGUCAUAUCCCCCCGCUCCUAUUUCGUCUUCACUCCACUGCUCAAUUCCACAGCAACGGGCACCCUCGAAUUCCGAACCGCGCUUGAGCCUGUGCGCUCAAAACGGAAACCGAACAUUGAGUUCAUGCAAGGCUGGGCAGACGAUGUGGAUUUCGGGCGAAAGAUGGUUACGAUUGAAGAAAGUGUAGUAGACCCACAUCAGGGUAAGGCGAUGGCGGAGGAUAGGCGUGAAGAUCACAGCACUGGGGAAGUGAAAUUGGAGAAGAAAGGGUUGCGGAAAGAGGGUAAGAGGUGGGAGGUAUCAUACGAUAAGUUAGUGGUUACAGUCGGUUGCUACUCCCAGACGUUUGGUACCAAGGGCGUCAAAGAAAACGCCUUCUUCAUGAAAGAUGUUGGAGACGCACGGCGCAUACGAAAGCGAGUACUCGAGUGCUUUGAGGUUGCCAGCUUGCCAACUACAAGUGAAAAGCUUCGUGAACAGCUUCUGCGCUUCGCAAUCGUAGGCGGCGGGCCCACAGGUAUGGAGUUUGGAGCCGAACUCAGCGAUCUGGUACAUCAAGACCUCAGCAAGCUAUACCCAGAUUUGGCACCAAAAGUGCGCAUCGCAGUCUACGAUGUCGCGAAGACUGUUCUCAGCAUGUUCGAUGAGAAACUCGGCAAAUACGCAAUGCAAACAUUUCGCCGUGAAGGCGUUGAAGUGAAAACCUCACACCACGUGCAGGAACUACGCCCUGGUCUUCCACGUACCGGCUCCGAUGAGAACAUGGACGAUGUGGCUGACUCCCAAGGCUGCUAUACCCUCACCACUGAAGAAGAUGGCGACGUAGGCGUCGGCCUGUGCGUCUGGAGUACGGGCAACAUGAUGAAUCCGUUCGUGCAAAAAGCACUUGACAAGACCUACGGCUUCCCUUCCUCCUCCGCUUCCAUCACCGACGGCAAGCAACCAGAUGAGCUGGACACGAAAGAAUGGAUGAUAGAAAAGCACCCCAAAACCGGCGCCAUCAUCGUCGACGACCGUCUCCGCGUCCAACUCCAGUCCAAAACCUCCCCGUCCUCCGACGAGAAACCCGCCUCCUCAGCAACAAUGACGGACGUCUUCGCCCUCGGCGACAACGCCAUGAUCCGCGACGCCCAGCUGCCCGCUACGGCGCAAACCGCAGCCCAGCAGGCGCUGUGGCUGGGCAAAAGGCUUAACAAGGGCGAUUUGGAAAGCCAGCAUUUCACGUUCAAGAAUCUGGGGAUCAUGACUUAUUUGGGGAACAGCAAGGGCUUGGUCCAGACGGAGGGGUGGUUGGGGGAUAUCAGUGGCAGGGCGGCCUGGUUGAUUUGGAGAGGCGCGUAUUUGACGAUGAGCGUUAGUUGGAGGAAUAAGAUUCUGAUUCCCGUCUAUUGGUUUUUGAAUUGGGCGUUCGGAAGGGAUAUCACGCGAUUCUGA